UGACGGGUAUCGGAAUUCAACUGUCAAAUCGCAGUCAGCUGUGCGCGAGUGAAAAAAACAAAACCCAUUCGCUUUUUCCAGUGAAAAUUUUGUGAUAAAAAUACGAUAAAAAAGGUGUUUCUACCGAUCCAAAAAGAUGAAUAGGAGACGUACAAAUCUAUCCUCAGUAUUUAACAUAGAUACUGAUACUGGUGGUGCAUCUAUGUCACUAUCCGAGCGUGAAAUUCAUUCCCAAGACAAUUUGCUUCAUAUGGAUUUCAGUGAGAGGAACACUUGCUUUGCCGACGAGUUCAAAUUGUGGGGCACCCAGAGCGGAAAUCGCACCUUGAUUCAGAAGACUAUUAAUUUCAUGCCAUCUCGCUUCAAGCGCCAAUUAUCUCUCGAUUCUCGGAUCUCCGGUCCCAAUCAUGAUAACGAUAUUGAAGAAAUAACACAGCAAAUUGAACAAAACAAUCAACUUAUGGCUGAUAAUCCACUAUCACGACACUUAAGAAUCGAGAGAAUUAAAUCCCUCCCGCAGACCAUCAAUAUUAAACGAGAGAUUAGUGCAAAGCUCUCAACAUCAGCCAGAAAUCGCACAGACUCCAAGUCAAUCAGCUACUGGCAAAGAUUUAAGUAUGCCUACAGAAUUUUGAGGACAAGACUGGGUGCUUUUCUUGCUAAUAUCCUUACCAAUUUGGAAAUUUGGUAUGGAUCGAUGAGAAAUAUCGAGGGUCACUUUGGGAGUGGAGUCAGUGCCUACUUCAAAUUCCUAAGAUGGCUUUUUAUCUCUUACUGCAUCGUUGCUGUUCUUUGCUUUGGAUUUAUCGUUUUGCCGCAAUUACUUCUUAACAAACACCAUGGAGGCUUUAAACCCACCACAAUGUUCAAGUUUUUGGACAUUUUCACUGGAGAGGGCUAUCUGACUACCACCGUCCUCUUUUACGGGGGAUAUUCCAAUGAAACUAUCAGUAUUAUACCAAAGAAUACCUACAAUCUGCCAAUGGGCUACUUUCUCACGAUGAUUUCUGUGUAUUUAAUAACAUUUGUAAUAAUGUCCGUGUCAAUGGCAAGGUCAUAUCGACGGACAUUUAUUGAAUCAAGUGGAAUAACAUCAACUUACGCUGACAAAAUAUUCUGUGCAUGGGAUUUUGGGAUAUCCAAUGAAAAGAUGGCUCGAUUAGCACACAAAUCACUCUUCAAUGAACUUAGAGAGAUGCUAAAUGAAUUGGAAAAGCCAAAAUUGGAUAAGACCUUCAUUCAGAAAUUCUGGAAUAUAGCUUUGAAAAUCUCAUCGCAUUUUCUUGUGCUAUUCAUGUUAGCGGGAUUGGGAGUUGGAAUGUGGACAAUGCUGAAGUAUUUUGAGGAAAUAGAAGAUGUUACAAGAUCUUUCUCUUACCUGUAUCUACCAAUAUCGAUCAAUUGUAUCAUGUUGGUAAUGCAGAUGGUUUUUGGAUAUAUAUCAAAAAUGGAAGGCUAUAAAAAUCCAAGAACUAGAGUCCACAUUACUUUAAUGAGGAACUUCCUGCUAGAAGUGGUGAUUAUUGGAGUUUUACUCGGAUUCUGGAUAUCAGAUACAAAAGCCCAGUGCUGGGAAACGUCGAUUGGCCAGGAGAUUUAUCGUCUUGUCAUUGUGGAUUUUGUGAUAUCAAUUGUCGGUGUGACAAUAUAUCAAAUUGGGAAAUCUCUCCUGUCAAGAUCAUUUCCAUCGAUCGGAGCACCAGAAUUUGAUAUUUCUCAAGCAAGUCUUAGUUUGGUUUUCAAUCAAACUCUCCUAUUUAUUGGAUUACUCUACUCACCGAUUCUUCCUGUGAUUGUGAUCAUCAAGAUGAUCCUUAUGUUUUACAUUCUCAAGGCUAUUCUCAUUAAGUACUGCAAACCACCGGCUAAAUUGUGGAAAUCCACUCAAACACACACUCUCUACUUGGUGAUGAGCUUCCUCUCACUUCUGGGUGUACUUGUCGCGAAUGGCUAUAUCAUGACUCAGGUUAAAGUGAGUAAAUCAUGUGGUCCUUUCCGCAAUUUUGACUUCAUGUAUGAAAUCAUCACGCUAAACAUUGCUAAAUUGACUAAAGAUCAUCUCUUCUGGAGAAUUGUUGUGUCCAUUACACGACCAGCUUUUGUGGGAGGAAUUUUGUUGGGAAUGUGUGUUAUUGUGUACUACUUACGCUCAAAAUCACGAGCAAGAAUUGGCAUGGUGAAACUCCUCAAGGAGAUGCUGUAUAUGGAAGCGAGAGAUAAAGAAUUCCUCCUUGGUCAUAUCAUGAAAUUAGCCCAACAAUCUGACAGUCAUGCUGAAUAAUUUAUCAGAAGAGACUAGCAAUUAAGGAGACUGAAUCCGAAAGGCUUCUUUAUUAAUUUAAUUGGUGAAGGCACUAUAACAGUUAAAAUAAUUUUUGUUCAAGCACAAAUAUGUUCCUUCCUUGAAAGAAAAACGUAUUACGAUAGGGAGAUAAUCUUUAAAUGAAAGAUUAAAGGAAUGACAAAUUUUAAAUCAAUCCCUCUUAUUAUUCAAAAAGGUUUUAUGCAGAUCUACCUAGACCAUCUUUUGCGAACUGUGAUCCAUUGACGUUGAACCCAGAUACUUUCCUAGCUAGUAAAACAGCAAAGCACAAAUAAGUCUUUACAAUUUCAUUUUGUUUUUCUUUUCGUUGGACCAAGAUUUAUAAUCCUUUGUAGUCUUAAGUGAUCUCUAAAUAUCCGUGUUUUAUUUGGAUCAUCUAUAUCCAAAUACGACAAUUGGUAAGAUUUUGGCAUAAGUUUUUUUUCUGCUGUUCAAAAGACUUUUUUUUCUUGCUAGCCCCAUAGCUCAAACACUGAGAGAAAUCCGAAAAAGUUAAAAUAACUUUCCGGAAAUGUUAAUUUUACCCAGCAGUAUUGAUCCAUAAUCGGUGUAAAUAUUACCCUUUUUAGGUGUAUUAGGGGUUAAAGUAACCCCUUUUCAUGUUAAUUUUAUCCUUAAAAAGGUGUAAAAUUAACAUUAAAAAAUGUUGAUAUAUUUUUACACCUAAAUAGUGUUUAAGUUAUGAGGAAAACAAGUUAAUCGCACACUUUUUUUUUAGUAAAAUAACCCGACCUACCUCCCCCAAUGUGUUUAUUCUCGUUUUUCCUGAUUAUCAGGGUAGCAAAGAUUAAAUUUUUUCCGUUUUUGUGAUUGAAGGAUGACUCAAGAAAAAUUUGCCUGGAACAAACCCAAACAAACCAUAUCCCUAUCUCUUCAUUUUCCCUUGAAUUUCCCAGAUUUUUCACAUAAAUAUCCUUCAAAUACAUAAAAAGGAUGCCUAGGACGAUAUACCUUUACAAAAAUAUUCUUCUUGAUGGAAAAAGAGUAAGAAUCUCUGAAGAUCUUAAGGUCCUAAAACGUAUCGUUAUCUAAAAAUCACAUAUACAAAAAAAAAUAGAUUAAAAAAAAUAACAUUAUACCCAAUUAAACCGCAGAAAAUUUAUUAAUUUCUUCCAAUAUUGUAGUUGUGAAAUAUUAAUUAAGAAACUACUUUUAUAUUAAGAAUUUUAAGUUUCAUUAUUGUAUACCAUUCAGCACAUUUCCGCCAAAAGGGAGUCCAGUUUCUUUCCUUUGUACCACUUCUCAUAUUUUUUUGCAAACUGAUGAUACCUUUCACCGUGCUCGUCUGAUUCAGUGGCCUUUUGUCUUUGGAAGACAUCGAAGUGGCAGUGCAAGAAGUAAUUGUUAAAGCUUCAAAAACUAAAAGCAUUUCUUCCACAAGUUCUUUGGCAUUUUCUGAUCUUCUGGUUUCUAAACAAUUGUGAAUAACUUUUUUAAUGCAUUACCAUGCAUUUUUUUUCUUUUGGGAGCAAAGAAUUGGCGAACUCCGUGUCUUUUUCAAGUUUUCGAUAGUCCGUUGAAAAUUCUUUCUUUUAUUUUUGCAAUGCUAAAAUGUGGAAAAAAAUUUUCAUGCGCUGAAAAGCAUCUUGCUGUUGAUUCAGUGCUUUAAUAAUUUUUUUAACAAUACCCAGUUUUAAGUGAAACGGAGGGAGCAAAAUUUUAUCUUUUGGCAUAUGCUUAUGCUUGAAUUGUCCAAUGUCUGUUUUUUCUGUGACAUGCAGCUUCGUUUUGUAUACUAAUUGCAUUGGUCUCGAGAAUCUCACAAGCAUAAGUAAGACAUUUAUUUUGUGUACCUUGUUUGCAUACCAGAUUAUUAGAGAUUAGAACUACAACCUUUAAAUCUCCAGAAAUUCGCCACCGGUGCUCACUGUAUUUGAGUUCGGUCAGUAAUCUUUUUAAACUGACAUAGGACUCCUUUGUGUCAGUGCUAGCGAUAGGAAUUGGGAUCCUUGAAUUAUCCGCGUCUAAUGCCCUAGACACACUUACGACUAAAGUUUAUAGAUGACUAAGCUCGUUCAUAGCCAAGACAGUUCCUGACACACUACAAAUUAUGCUUAGCAUUCACUGGUAUCCACAAAACAUAGCUAGCACAUAACGGUGCUAUCGCAUUAGGAUUUUUCACGAUUUAAUUUUAAAUUUAAUUGAGCCAAUUGAGCAUUAAGAUUUCUAGAAUUUACUUGAAAAUUCUCACAGCCUGUACGUAAGAAAUUUACUCAAUUUUAAAUAGUGCUGCGAGAGUUUUGUUUGUGAAUGACUCCGGAAAAUCUGUAAUAGUAUUUAAAAUGUCUUAUAAGUCACUUAUCUAUUAUUCAGAAGGAUCCCUAAAUCCAGAAGAAAGGCUUUUGGGCAAAGGGGCUAACGAAGAGACUCUCAUCUCUCAUACAAUCUUGUUGAAAAUCUGUAUGAAGUCAUCCCAACUACGAUUUCGUGACACAAUAAUUUCUUUCGAAUUGCUUUGGAUGAACUCAGCAAAUUACUCCCGCUACUGAAGCUUCACUCGCGUACAAGUUUAUCACUAAUCACUGUACUUAUUUAAUUUUUUUUUGGCCACAAAUAAUUAUUAAUUACGAAUGAAUAAAUUUAACACUUUAACGACGAGACACUUUCUACGGAUCGAAAAUCAACAAUAAAAAUUAAACCGAUAAACAAAAUUUGUGAAACGUUUUACAUCUAACUUUGGAAAGUUCAACAGAGUCUGAUUCGGUGCAUUUUUCACCUCUACGUGCGAUAGGGACAAAAAAAACCCGAAACAAGUAAUUUUUCUGACAAUAACAAUCAAUAAUAAUUUUCAGUCUAAUGAAAAUAUUACGUAUGAGUAAUGCAUUUUUAUUCCCAAAAGGGUUUUGCUGAAAAAAAAUGGAAGUAUAAAAAAUAAUCAAAAUCAUUUUUCAAUAUGAGAAUUCAAAAAUUCGCAAUUUUUAAGCUUAAAUAUUUAGUAUACAGCAAUUAACUGGAGAUUGGCAAAAAAUAUCCUAGAUUCGUUCAACCUUCUGCUUGCAAUUACGUACAAACAUAAGGAAAAAUUAACUUUAGGUAGUCAGGAAAAAUUAUUUUCUUUAUGGGACACCGGUGUUCCAAUCGUCCUUAAAGGGUUAAUAAGAACAAUUUUCUUGAAAAGACUACUUGUUUAACUAAAAUAAAAUUAAAAUGAAUGAGCAAUUUUAACAUUUUAAUUUGCUGAAUUCAAAUUUAAUUGAGCAACUACUUUUAUGCUAUUUUAGUAUAUUUAAACAAGUUUUGAUGGGCCAAGCAUUAGUUUAUAUCAAUAAAUAAGCGAAAAUCUAUCAAUUCAAAUGAUUUUUAAUACAAAAUAACGCACAGGAACAAUUCACCUGAAAAUUAAAUAGAAUUGACAAAUUGAAAAAUUCCUAGUGCAAUAGCACGGUAAAGAUUCGUCCUAAAAAAUCGUUCAAAAUAUCCGUCUUAGAAAAAGUUAAAACGGAGAAAGGGCAAAAGAACGGUUAAACAUUGCAUUAUUCAAUAAAAGUUUUCAAAAAUCAUUAAUCAUUUCAAAUAAAUAUACUGAAAAUAAGAACAUUAAAAAAAAACUAAUUUUAUUGUUUGUUUUUAAAAUCUUCAGGCAGUUUUCGUAAGCAGAUUCAUCUCAAAUACCAUAAGCUUAAUUAUUAGCUAGUCACUGUUUCUUUUUUUAAUCAAAGUUCGUUGCAAGUCCGAAAGUUUUUUUUAGAAAUGUUUUUUUUAUUUAACACUGACAUGCUAACUUACAAAAUUGCGUUAACAUGUUUGUUAUAAUGAUUUAUCUUUGUACCAUGAUGGUGCAAUACCCACCUGAUAAUGUUGUUUUUUUUUUGUAUUUUUGAAAAUUUUUAUGGGGAAGUGGGCUGAAUUGAAAACACUAUUUUCGCAUAUUUUUUUUAAACUGAACCUAGUCAUAAUUUAAUUUAGAUCCACAUUUUUUGUAUAUCUAAUUACAUUAUGCCAAAAACCUAGCUUCUUUUAGAGAAAUAUGCGAAAGAAUAGGGUUUUCUGCUGCUCCUAUUAUCUAAUUUCAUUUUAAAGCUAACAUUAAAAAAAUCUAAAACAUCCCUAACGUAAUAUUUCUUUCAAGGAUUAUAAUUUAUUUUAAUGAAUAUAAUUAAUGUAUGAUAUUGCAAAUAAAAUAUAAAGUAAAAGAUUCUCAUGUCUGAAAAG